AUGAAGGUCGUUUCAAAGGAAGAAGAGCAGGCGCACUACAACCAAGUGCUGAAGGGCGGAUUCAUCGGUGGUUCUUUGUUCCUUGGCCUUGGUAUGGUGGGAGUAUGGGGCGCAUCGAGGCGGUAUCCAGCCUUCCGCGGAUUGACGCUGCCCUUCCGCUCCUUCCUGGUCACCUCGUCGGCUACGUUUGGCGCCAUUGUCAACGCCGAGCGCUAUUCCAAUGACUUCCAUAUGCGCAACAACCCCAUGAACUUUUACAAGGAUGAGACGGAGCGCGCUAUCGAACUUGCACGCGAGCAAGAGACACCCGUUGAACGAUUCACGGAGUGGGGUCGCAAGAACCGCUACAGCAUCGUCUUUGGUUCCUGGAUUGCUGCCAUGGGCUUGGCUCUCGGCAUGGUCGGUCGCAACAAGUACCUGUCGACAUCGCAGAAGCUCGUACAGGCUCGUGUGUACGCACAGGGUCUGACGCUGGCUGUCCUCGUCGCUACUGCCGCCUUUGAGACAUCGGAUGCCCGCAGUGGUCAGGGCCGCUGGGAGACCGUCAAGGUCCUUGACCCCAACGACCCCGAGCACAAGAAGCUGAUUGAGAAGCGCAUCCACAAGGAGGAGUACGAGGGCCAGGACCUGUGGAAGGAUAUGGUCGCCGCCGAGGAGCGCAGAAUCCAGGAGCGGGAAGCUUCCCGUAAGCCCAAAGCUUCCGAGGAGAAGAAGGAGGGUGAGAAGCAGACUGCCCAUUAA